AACAAGUGGGAGUGGAUGGAUGGAUGUCGGCGACGAUUGUGGUUUUUCGCGAAUCGCCCUCGGUUAUUUUGUUGGCGAUACCUAACCACAUUCGCUCCAAAAUAAAAAAAAAACAUAAUAAUAAAUUAAUAUAAAUAAUAAUUGUGUCUUAUCAUUAACAAAUAUUAUAAACAAUUAAAAUCUAUCAUGUCAAAUAAUAUCAUAAAAAAAACAUCAUCAUCAACAACAUCAAAAAAAAAUCCAACAAGUUUCAAUUUCAUUUAGUUCAAGAACAAUUGUGAGAUUAAAAAAAAUACAUAACGUGUAACCAAAGACAGUGAAAUCAAGAAUAAAUUAACCACAAAAUAAAUACUCAAAUAAAAAAUAAAAAAAAAUCAUAUACAACGCGAUUAAAUUAUAUUUUUUAUUCAAAAAAAAAAAACGAAAAUGAUAAUAUAAUUUUUUUGGAGCAAAAAAAAAUUUACAAAUCACACGUGGUUAAUUUUUUUGAGUUGUGAUGCAUUGAUGGUUUAUUGUGUUGACUAAAAUAAUAAAUAUUUAAAAUAAAAAAAGUGAAAAAAAAAAGUAAAAAAUAUAUUUAUUAUAGAUGGAAAAUCACCAAAAUACUUUUGCGCAUGUCCGUGACCGCAUGACGUCAUGAAAACUGUGUGGUUUUGAUCAAAACUACAUUGGUAAAUUUGCAAUAUAACAUACAUUUAAUUAAUUAUAAUUAAUAAUAUUAAUAUUAUUAAUUUUGUUAAUAACAUUAAUUUAAAAUUGAGUUGUUUUUUAUUUGUUUAAAUUGUCUAGUGUUUUUUUUUUUUCUUUCGUAUAAAUUGUGCUCAUGUGUAUGUGAGUUUACAAGUUGUUUUUGUUUUUGUUGUAUAUAAAGAGAAAAAAAGAGUUGUGUGAGGGAUAAAGAGGUAGUUGAUUUUUUGAGAGAGAAAAAAUUUUUAAGGGGGUUCACGUCAUCAAUGAUCAAACUGGUGACUAUGGAUGGUGCGUCGAGGCAAACUGCUUGACCGGGCGAUCAAGUUGAAACAAGAUAGAAGAUAUAAAUUAAAAAAGAAAAAAAAAAAAAAUUUAAUUUUUUUAUAAUCUAAAAAAAUACAUAUUAUAUUUUGUUGUUUGUUGUUUUUUUUUUUUUUUUUUUUUUUUUUUUUUGUUUGUGAUUAUUUGUUGUGUGACAAGUCGAUUGACAAGACGAAGAAGAAAUUGAGGGAAGUUGAUUGCAGAUAAAUUAUUGAACAAGUGGAAGGUCCUACGAAGACGCCGCGGGAACAAACCGGUGUCAACGGAUAACUUGAAGAACAACAAGAGCAUAUACCCGGUGGAAAAUACAAAAAAUUAUCAUUCAAUUGUUUUUAACAUUCCAUCAGAAUAUUUAAAAUCGCUUUCAACGGUAAAAAAAAUUCAACAACGAUGGGUAGAAAAAAGAUACAAAUUUCUCGUAUCACAGACGAGCGGAAUCGUCAGGUGACAUUCAACAAGCGUAAAUUUGGUGUUAUGAAAAAAGCUUAUGAGCUCUCGGUUUUGUGUGAUUGUGAAAUUGCACUGAUAAUAUUUAGUUCGAGUAACAAACUUUAUCAGUAUGCCAGCACUGACAUGGACAAGGUACUUCUCAAGUACACCGAGUAUAAUGAACCACAUGAAUCACUUACAAAUAAAAACAUAAUCGAGGCGCUCAACAAGAAGGAGCAUAAGGGUGCAAUGUCCCCCGAGAGUCCGGAACCUGAUGCAAGUGAAUACAAUCUAACACCAAGAACUGAGGCCAAGUACACUAAAAUUGAUGAAGAAUUUCAAAUAAUGAUGGCAAGAAAUCAACACAAUGGAUCAAGGGGUAUGGGACAAUCGAAUUAUACGUUGCCUGUUUCUGUACCAGUAAAUACUUAUGGAGAAUCACUUCUUGGAUCUAGUCCGCAAAUGGCACAUACCAGCAUUUCACCAAGACCGUCAUCAUCUGAAACUGACUCAGUUUAUCCACCUGGAGGAAUGCUAGAAAUGAGUAAUGGUUAUCCAGCAUCAGCAUCACCACUUGGUGGUUCACCAAGUCCUGGACCAUCACCUUCCCUUGGUAUAAAUUCAAAUAAAAACCAAAAUCCUUCUCGUCAUUCACCACAACCACCACCUCCACCACCACCACAUUCACAUCGAGCUAAUUUACGAGUCGUCAUACCAACACCACUAUCACAAUCGCUCUCUGAUGACAACAAUUAUGAUGGAGGUCAUAGUUCAUUAAAUACACCUGUUGUUUCAUUACAAACACCUUCAGUGCCUGGUAAUUAUUCAAGUUUUCCAACGACCGAUUAUACAUCAGAUCUCAGUAGUUUAUCAUCAUGGUCACAUCAGAGGUACGUUGAUGAUUUGUAUUCAGCAGCUUCAAUGUCCGGUCUCAGCCUUCCUCACUUGGCAGUAUCAAGUAGUACACCACCACCUUCAACAUCACCAUUACCACUUAAAAUAAAAAGUGAACCAAUAAGUCCACCACGUGAUCAUCAUGUGGGCAUUAAUGGUGGACCAAGUAAUCUUCAUCAUACAAUACUGACUAGCCAAUCAAUAAGUCAAUCAAUACAACAACAACAACAACAGCAACAACAACAGCAACAACAACAGCAACAACAACAACACCAGCAACAAUCAGCACAUCAUAUAUCACAUCCUGGACAACAAAGUUUAAAUCUGGUAUCAAAUAGAUCAACAAGUAAUCCACCGUCUCAUUCUGGCAGUAUAACACCAACAAAUUUACCAUCACCAGGUAGUAAUAUUGACAUGCGAACGAGUCAUACACCAAGUGGUACUGGUGGUGGUGGUGGUGGUAAUGGUUCUGAUUAUGAAACUGGACCACUUAUGAAAAGAUCAAGAAUAGCUGAUGGAUGGUCUACCUAAUGCCGGCCAAAUACAAGACCAUACUGGUCUUACACUCCAUACUCGUCGUAUUACGGCCAAUAAAAAAACAACAAAAAACAAGUUAAUUAUUUGAAAAGAAAAGAAUAUUCAAUAAUUUUUAAAUUAAGUUUAUAAAAUAUAUAUUUAAACAAAUAUUAUAUUAAUGGAAUAAACUGCCCUGAAAGUGACAAACAUUUUUUUUUUUUUUGAGAUUAAUGAGAAAAUUACAACAAAACGUGGCCACAAAUUUUUUUCUUUUCGUUUUUCAAUUGCAAAUAGACAAUUUGCAUGUUAUUAUUAUUAUUAUUAUAUUAUUUUUUAAUUUCUUUAAUUUGUCAAUUUAAUAUAAAAAGAUUGGAUGGGAAAAAUUUUUUUUUUUGAAAAUAGAUUAAUUUAAGGUAUAACAUAAAUAAAAAAUUUUUUCUUGAAUUAUAAGGGCUUUUUAUGAUGGGAUAGGUUGCAAUUUCCUGAUGAUUUAAUAUGUUGAUAUUUGAAUGACUUGAGGUGCAAUUAACUGGGGAAUAAUACAAUUGUUUUUUUUUUUUUUUUAAACAAAAUAUAAAACAACGUGAGUUGUUUGUUCUUUUUUUUUUUUUUUUGAUAAUUGCGGUGCCAUAUAAUGUUGAAACUUUUAUAUUAUAUAAGUACAUAUAUAAUAUGCAAAUAAAAGUAUAUAUAUAUAUAUAUUUUAAUGUGUAUUAUAAGAGGUGUUGUUUGUAUAUAAAUGUCAAGAAAAAAACAAAAAAAGUAAAGUGAAAAAAAAAAUGUUUGUGAUGAUUCGUCGAAAUGGCACACAUUUAUCUCAACUGAGACAACAAAAAAAGUAUAUUUAAAAACACAAUGAAUUAUGUGUUAAUUGAGUAUAAAUAAUAUUCAAUAAAUCGCAGACUUGAAAGAUGAUUUUUAAGAUAAUAAUAAGAUUUAAAAAAAAUUUAUCAACUGAUGAGAAAAAUAAUUAAGUCUUUAUAUGUAACUAUAUCCAAUUUCAUCGAACCUUGUGUUUUGUAAAAAAAAAAAAAGAAAAAAGAUAAUAUUGCGUUAAAAUGUGAGGAUUAUAUAUUAUUAAUUAUUUGGAUAAACAAAAAAAAGAAAUGAAUUUAAAAAUAGAUGAUUAAGUUAAAUUUAAAAAUGGAUAAAAUUAUUAGAUGUAAUUAAACACAUGAGCUUGCGAAAAAAAUCUACACUGUGUGUAAGAUUCGAAAUUACCAGAAUCUAAAAUUCUUUGUUUUUUUUUUUUUUUCUUUUUUUGAAAUUAAAUUUGUUAUAUUUUGCGUGGUAUAGUAGUCCAUCGGUAGCAUAAUCCGUUGAUAAUAAUUUUACCUCAUUUGCAAUCGUGUGUGAAAUAUAUAUUUAAAAAAAAACUAUGUUAAUUAUAUAUAUUUUGAAAACGAAAAAAUUGAACUUUUUGUUUAUGAAUUUAUUGACUAUUAUUAUUUCGAUUAUUCAUUUUUUUUUUUUUUUUCAAAUUCUCAGCAGUAAAAUAUUCGGGUCAACUUUUACGAGUAAUUGAUCUAGUCAAAGAAAUUAUUAUCAGUAAUAAAAUGAGAAUGAAAAAAAAAAAACUAAAAAUUAAUUAGUUUAUAAUUGUGGAAGAAAAUUAUAUUUAGAUUAUUUCUUAAAUUUUUUUCUGAGCUUUUAAGAACAAAAAAUAUGUUUUUUUUCUUUUCUUAUUAAUGCAUGUCUUUAAAGAUAUUUUUAUUUUAUAAUUAUUUUCUUUAUUUUGUAUUUGUAAUUUGUAAAAAAAAAGAAAAAAGAAAAACAAAAAAAAAAAAAAAUAUCCGUUAGUUAUAAACAAUCGCAGAUGCCUUACAAUCAUUUUGAAAUUUUUUUCAAAUUUCAAUUUGAUUUAUUGACAAGUACACAUAGCUGUCAAUCUCCUUAGAAAAAAAAAUAAAUAUUAAACAUAACGAAUAUUAAUAAAUAUAGUUAAAAAUAUAAAUAUAUAUAUUUUUUUUUCUUUAAUAUAGCAACAUAAAUAAUUUUAUUUUAUAAAUUAUUAAUUCAUUAAUUUUUUUUCAAUUUAAUUUUGACUGAAAUUACAUUGAGACAGUCUGUGUUCGUUGUUACAAGGAAAAUAAUAUUUUUUUUUUUCAAUAAAACAAAUUAUUAAUAAAAUAAAUAAAUAAAAAAUUGGCUGCUUAAUUUAAAAAAUAAAUAUUUUUAAAAAAAAUUUUCAUAAGUUAGGAUACACAUUUAUGUAGCGUUGAUUAGUAUUGAUAUGAAAAACAAAAUAAAAUGAUGAAAUAGUUAUAGUAAAUUUUAAAUUAAUCACUAACAAAUUAUACUUGAAAAAAAAAAAAAAAUUAUACACACUCACGAACGUAUAUAAAUGUAUGUACAUAUUAUUAAAUUCAUACAUGAAAUCUACAUUUUCCACGAGUAUUUUGCACAUUUGAUAUAAAUAAAUAAAAUUAAAAAAAAAAAAAAUUAUAUAGUUAACUUUGGGAUGUCCCUAAUUUGGAUAAUAAAAAUCGAAUUAUUAAAAUAAUAAUAGUUAUAAUAAAAACAAUAAUAAUAAUAACGUCCUCAGUGAUAAAAUUUUUACAAAAAUAUUUUAUUUUUAUUACAAUUAAUUAAAAUGAUAUUUUUCCUUUUUUAUUUCUUCAAAAUUUAUUUGCUGGUUUUUUUUUUUUCUUUGAUUAUUUAGCUGAAAAUUCAUCACGAUUAAAUGCGAUAAUUCUGAUUGAACUAUGCCACGAAAAUGAACAAUUAAAAAAGAAAGAAAAAAAAAAAAA